AUGUCUUUCGGAAAACUCUACACCAAGGCCGACGGCAACGUCCGUUCAACGGCCAUCCGUGCCGUCGCGAAGCUCAACAACCUCGAUCUCGAGAUUGUUGACAUCGUUCCCGGCCCAGAUGCUUCUGCCGAUUACUUGAAGCUCAACAGGCUUGGCAAGAUCCCGACCUUCGUUGGAUCGGACGGCUACAUUCUGUCGGAGUGCAUCGCCAUCGCCAUCUAUAUCACCUCCCAAAACGAGAAGACCACUCUCCUCGGAAAGACCAAGCAGGACUAUGCCUCCAUCUUGCGAUGGAUGUCCUUCGCCAACGGCGAGGUCCUCCCACAGCUCGGCAACUGGUGGCUCCCCAUCAUCGGCCGUGCGCCGUUCAACAAGAAAGUCGUCGACGAGGCCCAGGCCGCUACGCUGAAGCGGAUGCAGGUCCUCGACAGCCAUCUCCUCAUCAACACCUACCUCGUCGGCGACCGCCUCACCCUGGCCGACCUCUUCGUCACCGGCUGCCUCCUCCGCGGCUUCCAGAACUUCUUCGACAAGAAGUUCCGGGAGCAGCACCCCAACCUGACCCGCUGGUAUGAGACCGUCUACAACCAGCCCGCGUUCUCCGAGGUGUCCCCCGAGUUCGUGUUCAUCGAGACCGCGCUGCCCAACCAGCCACCGAAGAAGGAGCCCGCUCCGGCCAAGGAGAAGAAGGAGCAACCGAAGAAGGCCGCUCCAAAGCAGGUUGAGGAGGAGGACGCCCCUCCUGCACCGAAGCCCAAGCAUCCCAUCGAAGAGCUAGGCCGAGCAACCUUCGCUCUCGAUGACUGGAAGCGGAAAUACUCGAACGAGGAGACUCGUGAGGUUGCCCUUCCGUGGUUCUGGGAGAACAUGAAGUUCGACGAGUACUCCAUCUGGAGAGUUGACUACAAGUACAACGAUGAGCUGACCAUGACCUUCAUGUCAAACAACCUCGUCGGUGGUUUCUUCAACCGUCUCGAGGCUUCCCGCAAGUACCUCUUCGGCGCCGCCUCCGUCUACGGCGAGACCAACAACUCCAUCAUCCGCGGCGCCUUCGUCGUCCGCGGCCAAGAGGCCCUCCCGGCCUUCGACGUCGCUCCGGAUUACGAGAGCUACGAGUUCACCAAGCUCGACCCCUCCAAGCCGGAGGAUCGGGAGUUCGUCGACGACAUGUGGGCGUGGGACAAGCCGAUUGAGGCGAACGGCCAGACGUACGCGCACUCGGACGGCAAGGUCUUCAAGUAG